ACAGGAUGUUCUUGCUCUAGUGAACAGUUUGGAAGGAGUUUGUUUUGUGUGUCUGCAUCUUUGAAAAAGAUCCUGGAAGGCAUCCCUCAAGAUAUCAAAAAAAUUAGACUAGAAAACUCUCACCUAAUAGAAUUGCCUUGUGGGGCAUUCUCUAAUGUCAGUGCCUUGGAAUAUCUUUGGCUUAAUUUUAAUAACAUCACAGUCAUGCAUAUAAAAAGCCUGGAGUACCUAAAGGGUUUGGUUGAGCUGAGGUUACAAGGGAAUCGGUUGAGUUCGGUACCAUGGACAGCGUUUCAGGCUACCCCAUCUUUGAAAAUCCUUGAUCUGAAACACAACAAACUCGACGUCCUUCCAGAACAUGCCCUCCGCUAUCUGCCUAACUUGACCUAUUUAGACUUAUCUUCCAAUCAGCUUACUAUCAUCUCCAGGGACGUCUUCUAUAACUGGCCGGUGUACCAAAAAUUUCAACAACCAGAGAAGAAGACAGAAGCUGUAUCUAAUGCAAUUUUAGCUUUGCAUGAUAACUCGUGGAUAUGUGACUGUCGCCUGCGAAGUUUCAUCCAGUUUAUCCAGUCUAUUAGCCCACCCCUAAUUCUGAUGAAUUCAUACUUAACUUGUUCAAGUCCUAUAUUUAGAGCAGGGAAAUACUUUCACGAAGUGGAACUGAACAGCUGCACAAAACCUGUGGUGUCAUCCACUGAGUCCAAUGUCACGGUAGCUGUUGGACUAAAUGUUACUCUGACCUGUCUGGUGAACGCCAGUCCUUCUGCAGCAAUCUGGUGGACUUAUACGCUAAAACAACUCCGAGCAUUUAAUGUGUCCACAAGCCAUAUCAGUGAAGAUACCACUAAGUCAGUCUUGGUGAUUCCUUCAGUCCAUCUUAUGGAUCAUGGCAACUAUACCUGCUCAGCCGCCAACUUCCUCGGCAACACCUCAGCCACCAUCAUGUUGAAUGUUCAAGCUCCCCGAACGAUGGCUUCUUCCUUCUCCUCUUCCUUCUCAAGAGAAAAUCCCUACAUUGAUGUGAGAAUUGCCAAACAGACAGUCUAUGGGAUCACGUUGGAAUGGUACACCAUGACCGAGAAUCCAGGGGAAACCUGGUAUACCCUCCAUUUUGGGAAGUAUGACGACUCCGAGAAGGAGAUGAUUUACAUUGGCCCUGGAAUCAACAGCUACUCGGUCAAUGACUUGCUCCCCGCCACUAAGUAUGAAGUAUGUGUGACUUUGAGGAAUCAAAUGCCUCAAAGGGGGCAAUGCAUUGUCUUUGUUACAGGAAAUGACAUUAGUGAAUUGGAACAGAGGGAGAAACUCAUUCACAUCAUUAUUAUUGUGUGCGCCAUGGUGCUGGCUGUCCCUGCUGGGAUGUAUGCCUGCACCACCGAGACCCGGUUUAAUUGUGUACAGAAAUGUCGUGACAUCUGCCGCAAGAAGAGGAAAACAAAAACUCUUCGAGGAGUCAGUAAGGAGGGCACGUUUGACAGCUUGCCAACAGGCAGUGAUGAGGGGUUGUGCCACCAGGACUCCAGUGGUGACAAAAGAAAGCUGAGGGUCUUCGAGGACAAGGAGGAGACCAGCAAACAGAAACCCGGACACCGAAAUAGCGCUGAUCUCUAUUAG